AUGGCAGUGUCACCAGGGCAAUUCUUUCCGACGACACCCUCGUUGUCCAUAGCCACUUGGCCGCCACUCACAAUUCCUUUUACUUCGCCAACCUACUGCACCAAUCGAUGGAUAAUCCUUACCUCGGGUGACACGACUAUCGCAAAUGGGCCGGCCAGCAGGAACUGUCUGCCUGACGGAGAAUACACGCACAGCCCGGGAACGGUUCUCAGUGACUACCACAUAGUGAACGUAGCCGAGUAUAGAACACCGGGGUGGACGACAGGCGGGCUUCGCGCGUGGGGAGCUGCCUGUUGUAAAAGCGGCUAUACAAACACGGAAACGAUCGAGAGUCUGUUCAGGUGCUUUUCAUUCUUCAUCUCACCAAUUACCGCAUUGGACCCGUGGGCCGGAGAUGGUCGUGAGCAGAAAACCACCACUACCAUACUCAGUUGGGGGACCAUAGUAGAUGACAACAUGGUUGUCUACUGGAUGGAUUCCGACCUAUCCAAGUUUGAUUCCGGGUACGCGGCGACGUUACAAGAGAGGUUUACUAUCGGCUUCACGUCUACUGCAACAAUGGGCAUUACGAGAGACACAGCAACAGCGCUAGUUCGAACGCAACUCACCUCCGUAACAUCAUCAUCAUCGUCAUCAUCAGUGGCACCAAAUUCCCCAGAAACUGCUGAAGACUCUAUCUCUGGGCUCGAUGCCCGCGCCAAGGCAGGCAUAGGCUUGGGUGUUGCGAUCUUGGCAAUACUUAUGGGUAUUGCUGGAUUUUUACUGUACAGGAAACAGGUACAGAAGCAAAGGGCCGUUGAUCAGGCAUUUACUAAACAGAAUGAGCAGCCGGAGUUCGUCCAACCGCAGAGGGCUUAGCCGAGGAAACGGAUGAGGUACGCUACCUGUUCUGGAGGUCAACCGAAACAGUUGUCAACGGCAGACCGAUUGAGGUGAAGAUUGCGAAGACGAAGGA